AUGGAGAGUAGCACUAGGGGAAGACGGAGGCGCGCGGGGACGCGCAGAAAGACAGGUAAGCUCCAAAAUUUCCCGCUCUGUUUCACCUGCAAAGCUCGACAUACGCGCUGCGAUGAGAAGAAGCCCGUAUGCAGUAAUUGCGAGCGAUUGAACCUUCAAUGCCGCGCCUCCGAGUUCAUCACCCGCUCUGCGUGGUGCGAGCCGAACGUUGAGCCGCAAGUAUCAACGGAUGUGGACAUACCAGCCCAGCCGAUCGAACCUCCUGAGUCAACAUGGGAUCUUUUCGACACCAGCCUACCCGACUCCACGGGGGCUUCAUCUGUCGGUUACACAGUAUGCCCUUCGCCUCCCAAAAUCAUGGUCCCGAUGCAUCCGAAAGUCCCUAUCAAUCUAGAUUCCGAAAUGGUCCAGCUCCUUACCGCCUAUCAGAGAGGUGUGGCAACGUGGAUGGAUAUCUUUGAUCACAGCUGCACCUAUGAACGUACCAUUAGUCAGCGAGCCCUAGAUUCAGAGCUCCUAUUGCGAUGCAUCUGCGCAUUCUCAGCAAAGCAGCUCAGCCUAUUGCCUAAUGGCGAAGUAUGGACCCCUGUAGCUGCACGAUACUACGUGCAGGCAUUGGGACUUUUCAUCAAUGAGGUAGAUCCUUCUGCCCCACCGGAAGAGGCUCUCACGGCUAUCAUGAUGCUUGGUAGCUACGAAAUGAUUGCCGCUCAAGGUUACGAGCAUAGACACCAUUUCUUAGGUGCUGGAAUGGUUAUCAAAACACGUGGUAUCAAUGCUAGCUCAACUGGAAUGGACAGAGCCAGUUUCUGGAUAUAUAUACGACACGAGAUUGAUGUUGCUUUGACUAAUGAGUCUACACUAUCUAUUAGUCCACGGGAUUGGAACGUUGAUUGGACGAAAACUGACGUGCAAGAGGAUGAGAUAGCAAACCGCCUCAUGUGGUUCGUAGGUAGAGCAGUUGAUUUAAUCUACGGAGAGGACCCACAAUCAAGUGUGAGGCAAUCGCUGCUCGACGAUGUUCAAAAAUGGAAGGACGCUCUACCGGUGUCGUUUCGAGGAGUCAGAUAUGGAAACUCUACAGAGGAGGGGUUUACUAGAACGUACUUUGCCAUUCCUGCUGCAGCUACGGCUGCGCUGUGGUAUCACUGCUUGAUGAUACUUCUUUAUGCGGAGCCAUUGCCUAGAGAACUACUCGAUAAAGAGAUGGAGGAGGUACAAGCAAACGCAUACGAGAUUGGCAACAUAGUGCUCUCAGAUGUCUCAAAAUCAGUCAGGUCUUUCUCAGCUUUGCCUCUCUACUUUGCCGGAAAGCAUAUCCAGGGCAUAGCCAGGAAGGCUCAAAUCUGGAGCUUUCUGAAUGACUUUCAGACGCAACUUGGUUUCCAGUCCCGGAGUAAGGUGAAGAAACUGCAGCAGCUUGCCUACGGCCCAUAGCAGAAUAGCCAUGUGGCUAAAGAAGACGUAGCUCCUCGGGCUCUGGAUGUGUGAAUUUGCAAGGCGCUACUAGAAUGUCCAAAAGCGCCCGCCCUGAUGAUUUAUGGUUACAAUGUCACGUGGAUUGUUUCAUUACGGCUCUUUUUCAGUUGUGGAAAUGUAUGUUGGUCCUUUUAAUGUAUUAAUCAAAGUGGGAGGGUCUGCAGGAGAGAAAGCUGUGUCAUAGCAUGCAUUAUAUAAUUUGAUAGAUAUGAGAACGUAGAGCCAAAGCCUUUGCCAGCCUUGCCGAAAUAUGCAUCCCACGGCCAAGGCUGCCCUACUCCAUAUCUGUA